AUGACGCCAUGGGCUUCUGCCCCGGAUUUGACUCCAGAAAAAAGAAAAACCCACAAAAAGCACAACUUAUUUGCCUGUUUUCGCCCAAAUAUUUGUAAAGACCAUUGGGAACCGGAUUCAGCCCACCCAAUCUGUUAUGGUUGCUUAAGGAAAUUUACUAUUUUCUUCCGGCGACAUCACUGCAGAAGAUGUGGGAAAGUGUUCUGUUUUGCUUGUUCCGGACUGAAAAUGCGAUUGGAUGAAAACGCCCAAAUUGAACAGGGAGGAUAUUUUCAUAGGGUGUGUUUUUUCUGUUAUGGAUCCAAAGAUAGUUGUAUUUUUAAUGAACAGUGUGUUGGGCAAAUCACGUCGUUGUCUAACGCUUUUAGAAAGAUGAGGAACAAGGACUCGCUUCGUUCAUCAUUUUCAUUAGCGAUGGACAUCUCUAGACAACGAUUUGGUGCGGAAGUAGCGGAGUUGUGUCGUCCUGUUCUUGACAAUUUCAUGAUGAGCAGAUCCAAAGGUGGUUUGGUGAAACCAGUGAAAGCUGUUGGCAAUGCUAUAUUGAAAGCUGGGCGUGACAGUAUAUGUAAUAAAUGUAACGACAGUAUUCUGGUACCCAAGAACAGAAAGUUAUGUAUGCAGUGUACCCGUAUAUAUUGUAAAAAGUGUUCCAGUAAGCGACUGGUGCUCUUUUCAGACGGAACUCGUGAUGGUCAGCCCGAAAUUCUUUUAUCCGACACGUUUGACGACCUCGUACAGAAAUAUACACAUUGUGAAGUCUAUAGAACCUGUUUGGAGUGUGAAUACAAGGUCAAGACGUUGUUAGAUCGAGCAAACUUCGACAAGACUCUUGAUUCUCUUUAUAGAGAAAUGUCUCACAUACAGUUUGAUAUAAAAGAAGCACUGAGACAGCAAGAUAAAGGAAUUAGGCAUACCCGUCGAUCUCUGUCUAUUGAUGAAACCGUAAAAAGGGACAGUGGAAUUGAGAUGGGCCGGUUUUCUGAAAUCGUACUCGAUGGAGAUAUAGACGAAUCUUUUGAUCUACUCAGUGAACGAGAAAUAAUGAUUAUAGAGGGAUUCUGUCGUAUAGUUAUGACUCUUGUGGCUUUGCUGAACGUUUUGCUCGGAAACUGUUGGAUCAUCAAGCCUGCAACGAAGUGCCACGAUUGUAACCCAAAAGAGUGUGCUAAGAUAAAGAACACAAAGGUCUGCCAUGAAAAACGCAUCAGUACCUAUUGCCCUCUGUCUUGUGGAUUAUGUUCCGAUACGAAGCCGCUGCAUGCAUUUAUAGGUUGCUACGUAUCCAAAUCCGAGUGCGAUACGAUUAACCCAUAUUACUGUUACUCCAGCGUAGUUAGGGUAACAUGUCCAGAUUUGUGCAACAGUCAGAGGACAACACUUCCUAUCACUGCCAGGCCACAGACAAAGGUAACACAUCACUUGAAGACAUCACCAGAAGUUGUAACACCGGAAGUCACCCAAUCUGCACUUUCACUGGAAACAUCACCGGAAGUGAAUAUUAAAACGGAAGUGGCAACAAUACAAGAAGAAUUACAUACUACCUCCGAACAAGAAAUAGUCACAUCUGAAGCUCCCCAAGAACUAACCGAUGCUCUUGCAACAAACCAAAUUGUCGACCAGUUUAUGACGUCAUUGGAGCCGUCUGCUAUGGGAUCCACGGAUUCGCCCGUGAAAAGAAUGUGCCACGUCUGUGAAGAUCCAUUUUGUAAUUUGCAUUUCGAGACGAUAGUUAAAUGUCCUGCAUGGCAGCCAUUUUGUAUGAACUACAUUGCAAUUAAUGUCCAAGGCACGAAGACUCUUCAUAAGAGAUGUGCAAGCGAGGUAGAAUGCGACUUCAAAUGGAUCAACAGAACAGCUGGAAUUUCAGAAUGCUUGUUGUUUGACAACAACAAAAUAUACACGAAACCAAUACAUUGUGAAUUCUGCUGCACUACUGACAAUUGUAACAUACAUACAGUACCUAAAUAUAACACACUAAAACACACACCUGCUUGAAAAUAAAAUCUGUUUCGACAU